GACACACUCAGUUGGGUUCAGCCCGGCGCCGCAUGAACUUCGCAGCAGGCGUCACGCGAUCCAGGCGGGGUGAGGGUGGCUUUGCUCAGCCGCGCGUCGUGUCGGUAAACCGCGAACAUGGACGGGGCGAAGAAAGAAGCCCCUCCGGCGGGCGACGGAGGGAAAUCGGACACCCUGGGGUCGACGGGCUCGAGCAAAAAAAGAGGCGGGGGGGCCAAGAAGGCCAUGCAGGCCAACAAGUCUGCCCUCCGAGCCCCCAGAGCCCUCUGCUGCCUCACCCUCAGCAACCCCAUACGCAUGGCGGCGCUGGCGCUGGUGGAGUGGAAGCCUUUCGACAUCUUCAUUCUCCUUGCUAUCUUUGCCAACUGCGUGGCCAUGGGGGUCACCAAGCCGUACCCGGACGACGACUCCAACGUGACCAAUCACAAACUGGAACAAGUGGAGUACGUCUUCCUCGUCAUCUUCACCAUCGAGACUUUCACGAAAAUCCUCGCCUACGGCUUAGUCAUGCACCCCAGCGCCUACAUACGCAGCGGAUGGAACUUGCUUGAUUUCAUCAUCGUCAUUGUCGGGCUGUUCAGCGUCAUCGCGGAGGCCAUGACGGACCACAAGCCGGGAGAGGCCCAUCACGCCGCGGGAAAACCCGGAGGCCUGGACGUCAAAGCUCUGAGGGCCUUCAGGGUCUUGAGACCGCUCCGACUCGUAUCCGGAGUCCCCAGUCUGCAGAUUGUUCUCAACUCCAUCAUGAAAGCCAUGGUGCCGCUCCUUCACAUCGGGAUGCUGGUCAUGUUUGUCAUCAUCAUCUACGCCAUCAUCGGCUUGGAGCUUUUCAUUGGCAGGAUGCACAAGACGUGCUUCUUCUCCGGCACGGAGAUGAUGGUGGAGGACGACCCGUCCCCGUGCGCGUUUGCCGGGAGCGGUCGCUUCUGCGUCACCAACGGCAGCGAGUGCAGGGGCAAGUGGGAGGGUCCCAACGGCGGCAUCACCAACUUCGACAACAUUUUCUUUGCCAUGCUGACCGUCUUCCAGUGCAUCACCAUGGAAGGCUGGACCGACGUCCUCUACUGGAUGAACGACGCCAUCGGUUUCGAGAUCCCGUGGGUGUAUUUCGUUUCUCUGGUCAUCUUUGGUUCGUUUUUCAUCAUCAACCUUGUUUUGGGAGUACUGAGCGGAGAGUUUUCUAAAGAAAGGGAAAAGGCCGUGGCACGCGGGGAGCUGCAGAAAGCGCAAGAGAGCAAGCAGAUGGAGGAAGACAUGAUCGGCUACAUGGACUGGCUCAUCGAAGCCGAGGAUGUGGAUGAAGAAGGAAAUAAACGAGCCGCGAUCGCCAAGAAGAAGAUGAUGAAGAAGUUUGGCUGGUACAAACACAGCGAGGACGGAGAAUCGGACUCGGACGAUGACAUCGCGUACCUCGACGACGACAGCGGCUUCUGUGCCUCGCUCAUGGCCAAGAUGAUGGCCAACAGCUUCUGCGACCAGUUGUGCCAGUUGAACCACACGUUCAGGAAAAACUGCCGCGUGGCCGUCAAGACCACCAACUUCUACUGGCUGGUUCUUCUUCUGGUGUUUCUCAACACGGUGGCCAGCGCCUCGGAGCAUUACGGGCAGCCGAAGUGGCUCACGGAAAUGCAAGAGCGAGCCAAUAAGAUCCUGCUGCUGCUCUUCACACUGGAGAUGCUGAUGAAGAUGUACGCCUUCGGCCUGCAGAUCUACUUCAUGGCCCUCUUCAACCGCUUCGACUGCUUCGUGGUGUGCGGCGGCAUCCUGGAGACGCUGCUGGUCGAGUGGGACUUCAUCCCGCCCAUCGGUAUCUCGGUUCUCCGCUGCAUCCGACUGCUCCGGAUUUUCAAGAUGACUCGCCACUGGGCCGCUCUCUCCGACCUGGUCAACUCUCUGCUCAACUCCAUGAAGGCCAUCUGUUCCCUCCUGCUGCUGCUUUUCCUCUUCCUGAUCAUCUUCGCCUUGCUGGGCAUGCAGCUGUUCGGCGGCAAGUUCAACUUUGACGAGACCCAAAUGAAGAGGAGCACGUUCGACUCCUUCCCUCAAGCGCUGCUGACUUGCUUUCAAAUCCUCACCGGAGAGGACUGGAACGCCGUGAUGUAUGACGGGAUCAUGGCCUACGGCGGACCGGUCUUUCCCAACAUGGUGGUGUGCAUUUACUUUGUCAUCCUGUUCGUCUGCGGCAACUACAUCCUGCUCAACGUCUUCUUGGCCAUCGCCGUCGACAACCUGGCUGGAGGCGGCGGGCAGAAAAAAGUCGAGGAGAAAAAGGACGACGAAGAAGAGUGGGAUGACGAUGAGGAGAAAGAGGAUGAAGAUGCGGGGAACGAGGACGACGACUGGCAGGAGAACGAAGAGCUGAGGGCCAUCGAGGGCCUGGAGGGAGUGGCCCCGUUGAAGCCCGAGUUCUCCGGUCCCAAAGAAAAGAUCGUUCCCAUUCCCGACGGAAGUUCUUUCUUCAUCCUGGGAAAGAAGAACUGCUUGCGCGUGGCCUGCCACAACCUCAUCCAUCAUCCCUACUUCACCAACUUCAUCCUCAUCUUCAUCAUCCUCAGCAGCAUCUCUCUGGCCGCUGAGGACCCCAUCAAAUCGCACUCCUUCAGGAACGUCGUGUUGGGCUACGCCGAUUACGUCUUCACGUCCGUUUUCACCGUGGAGAUCGUCCUGAAGAUGACCGUUUACGGCGCUUUCCUGCACACGGGCUCCUUCUGCAGAAACGCCUUCAACCUUCUGGACCUGCUGGUGGUCAGCGUGUCGCUCACCUCGUUUUUCCUUCAUUCCAGUGCAAUUUCCGUGGUGAAGAUUCUCCGAGUGCUCCGCGUUCUCAGACCUCUCCGUGCCAUCAACAGAGCCAAAGGACUAAAAAACGUGGUGCAGUGCGUGUUUGUGGCCAUCCGCACCAUCGGCAACAUCUUGAUCGUCACGACGCUCCUGCAGUUCAUGUUCGCCUGCAUCGGAGUGCAGCUCUUCAAGGGCAGGUUCUACAGCUGCACCGACGAAGCCAAACACACUCCUGACGAGUGCAAGGGAACGUUUGUGGUGUACAAAGACGGCGAUAUGAACCAUCCCAUGGUGAAGGAGCGCAUCUGGGAAAACAGCGACUUCAACUUUGACAACGUGCUCAUGGGCAUGCUGGCGCUCUUCACCGUCUCCACCUUCGAAGGGUGGCCACAGCUCCUGUACCGCGCCGUGGACGCCAACGCCAUCAAUCACGGGCCCAUUUACAACUACCGGGUGGAAAUCUCCAUCUUUUUCAUCAUCUACAUCAUCAUCAUCGCCUUCUUCAUGAUGAACAUUUUUGUGGGGUUUGUCAUCAUCACCUUCCGAGAGCAAGGAGAGGCUGAAUUCAAAAACUGCGAGCUCAACAAAAACCAGGUCGGUUCUUCUCCCCGAAGCGGUGUGUACUACGCUCUGAAAGCUCAACCCAUAAAGAUUUACAUUCCCAAAAAUCCAUCCCAGCUCAAAUUCUGGAGGAUUAUAAACUCCAGCCAGUUUGAGUACGUCAUGUUUGUGCUGAUUCUGGGCAACACGCUCACGCUGGCCGUGCAGCAUUACGAGCAGUCCAAGCUGUUCACUUCCGUCAUGGACAUCCUCAACAUGAUCUUCACGGUGGUCUUCACGAUCGAGAUGAUCAUCAAGUUGCUGGCUCUGCGGGCCCACCAUUAUUUUAUCGAUCCGUGGAACUCCUUCGACGCUUUGAUUGUGGUGGGGAGCGUGUUGGACAUCGCCGUUUCCGAGUUUAGCGGGGGAGGAGGUCACGGUGAGGGAAAAGGCGAGAGCGGCAAAGUCUCCAUCACGUUCUUCCGCUUGUUUCGAGUCUUGCGUUUGGUGAAACUGCUCAGCAAGGGGGAAGGCAUUCGAACGCUCCUCUGGACUUUUGUCAAGUCCCUCCAGGCUUUGCCUUACGUCGGUCUGCUCAUCGCAAUGAUCUUUUUCAUCUAUGCCGUGAUUGGCAUGCAGACGUUCGGGAAAGUGGCCGUCGACGACAACACGCACAUCAACAGAAAUUGCAACUUCCAGACCUUCUUCAUGGCCGUUCUGGUCUUAUUCAGGUGCGCCACCGGAGAGCAGUGGCAGGAGAUCAUGUUGGCCGCGCUGCCCGGCAGACGCUGCGACCCCGAGUCGGACACGGAGCCCGGAGAAGAGUUCUCCUGCGGCAGCAACUUGUCCUACAUCUAUUUCAUCAGCUUCUUCAUGCUCUGCGCUUACCUGAUUAUUAAUUUGUUCAUCGCUGUCAUCAUGGACAACUUUGAGUACCUGACGAGAGACUGGACCGUGUUGGGAACCCACCACCUGGAUGAGUUUAAGAGAGUUUGGUCCGACUACGAUCCCGAGGCCACCGGUCGCAUUAAGCACAUCGACGUCGUCACGUUGCUGCGGAGAAUCCAGCCUCCUCUCGGUUUUGGGAAACUUUGCCCUCACCGCGUCGCUUGCAAAAGGCUGGUUUCCAUGAACGUGCCGCUGCACCCGGAUGGGACGGUCACCUUCAACGCGACUUUGUUCGCUUUGGUGCGAACGUCCCUCAAGAUCAAGACGGAAGGGCCCAUCGAUCAGCAGAACGAGGAGCUCAAGAUCAUCAUCAAGAAACUGUGGAAGCGGACCAAGCCCAAACUCUUGGAUGAAAUCAUUCCUCCCCCGAGAGGCGACGAGGUGACUUGCGGGAAGUUUUACGCCAGCUUCUUGAUUCAGGACUAUUUCAAAAAAUACCGGAAGAGGAAAGAAAGGGAGCGAAAGUCCAAAAGGAAGGACAAGGCCGCCUCCCUUCAGCAAGGGCUUCGGACCCUGCAAGACUUGGCUCCGGAGAUGCGCCUGGCGAUGGCCUGCGACCUCGAGGAGGAGGAGGCCGCGGACGACAUAUUCGACAGCGAGCACAGGAGCUCGGUCGCCACCACGCCCGCCGGCACGCCGGUGCCGCCGGUGGAGACGCUGGCGCAGGAGACCGCCGUUGCGGUGGAAGCGGAUGUGAUCACGCGGCAGGUGACGAGCCUGCGGGACUGCUUCCGGACGGGCGGCUCGGAACCGGCUGAGGAGACCGUUGUCGUGCAACAGCCCGGCAGGUCGGAGGCGCCGCCCGCCAGGGCGGACUCCGUCAGCGACCUGCCCCCCCCUCCCGACGAGGCAGACCUCCUCGUAGCCCAGGAGGCGACGGCACCCGCGGUGGCUGAGCAAGUUCACGACAAUGAGGCGGAUGUUGCAAAUCUCGCAUUUCAAGAGCGAUUCGUGUAUCCCGAGCCGGCCUCUCCUUUACCGCCCGCGCCGGACUACAACGCGCAAGGCAUCCAACAAGCGGUCGGCGUGGACGUCGGCGAUGCGCCGCGCGACCCUCGCGACGCCGGCAGUUUGGCCAACGGCUACAACGGCGGCGCCGGCGUGCCCUACGCCGCUCACGAAUACGACGGCAACGGGUACUCGGGGUACAACGAAAACGGCAGCAGCGUCAUCAGCGCCAACGGCAACGGGAGCACUCUGAGCGGAGGUUAUGGAGGCAACGACUACAACGGAAGCGACGGCGUCGGCGCACAGUUUGUCAGGAGGAGGCUGCUGCCUUCCAUACCCAAAGGUCGUAAGCCCGCCUUUAACUUUCAGUGUCUGCGGCCGCAGAGCAGCGUGGACGAGCAUCCCGUCGUCCCCGGAAGCUACCGAGGCAACUCGACCCCGUCCAGGUCUCAGCUGCAGGUCCAGCACGGCCCGGAUUCGCGUCGCAGUAGCGUGUCGUCGUCGUCGUCCGUCUCGUGGGCCAACAACGUGGCGGCCGGCAGCACGCCCGGUCCCGGGUGCGUCGCCCCCUCGGGACGCAGGGGCAAGCUGAUCUACACCCCCGUGGUCCUGGUGGACGAAGCCACGGGGAGCAGCCGGCCGCUGUGGAGCGACGGCUCCGCCAGCCUCCCCGCGGGAAGCCGUUCCGGCUGGUACUCGGGUCAGAACAGGACCUACGCCAGCCUGCGGGUGCCGCCCGCCAACCAGGGUUUCGUGGACAAAGGCAGCGCGGACAGUCUGGUGGAGUCGAUCCUGAUCUCCGAGGGUCUCGGCAUCUACGCCAAGGACCCCAAGUUUGUGAAUUUCGCCAAGCGAGAAAUCGCCGAGGCCUGUCACAUGAGCCUGGACGAGAUGGAGAGCGCCGCCGCUGACCUGAUCGCCCGCGGAACCGGCCGGUCCGUUUCUCGCUUUGAGGACCAGCUGGCCGACGAAAUGAACUGCGUGAUUUCGUACUGAGGGACGAACCGGAGGACUCGCCGUCUCCAGAGGAGGCCGAGCUGCUGUGUCGGCCACUCGGUUCUUCGUUUGUCUGUUCGGGUCCGUUUGUCCGGGCAGCGAAGCGGAACCCGUCCGGUGGGACGUAUGUGCGGGGGCGGGCGAAGUGUGACCCGUGUGGCACACGCUCCAGAUCCCUGUAAUAUUCAU